UCUCUGCGGAACUCUAUAGCAUGCAUGGAGCUUUAUCAUAUUAACAGGCAGCCACAGAGACUCGAUGAAUGCAAUAAUGUGGACUGGGGCUAUAAUGUCAAAGAUCCAAAGGCCUUUUGUUAUGAAAACCAUUGUGUUACCUCUGCUUUGUCACCAGAUCAAUAUGAGUCUAUAUCACUAAGUACCUCUGAUGAAGGGCAUGGCCUUAAAUUAUCUCAAGAUGACAACAGCAAAGAGAAGAGGAAAGUUUGCUGUUUGGAAGAACUGGAAACCUCUUUUACAUAUGUUGAUGAAAAUGUUAACAUAGAACAUGUGACCCAUCUAACUCUUAGGGAAGACCCUGGGCACCAGCACCAUGCCUCGGAUAGAGAAAACCAGCAAGAUGGCAUUAAUGAAGCCUCUAUUAUGUCCGAUGAUGAAGCCACUUCAGAAGCUUCAGGAAAAUCUGUAGAUUAUGGCUUCAUUAGUGCAGUGACUUUCCUAAUUACUGGGAUUCUUCUCGUUAUCAUCUCAUACCUGGUCCCCAGAGAUAUCAGAUCUGAUCCAAAUUCCAUCCCGGCCAGGGAAAUGGAAAAAAUUGAGAAGAAAAAUGCUAUAAUUGGAGCUCAUUUGGAUAGGUGUGUGAUUGCUGGACUUUGCCUUUUAACUCUAGGUGGAGUUGUGUUGUCGAUUUUAUUGAUGAUAUCAAUGUGGAAAGGGGAACUCUACAGGAGGAAAGCAAUCGCUGCUAAAGACUCUGCAAAAUUGUAUGGGUCGAUUAAUUUUAACCAUUCCAAGUCUGGUGGAACUGAGAAUACCUUGGUCCAAGAGGAAACAGUUGACAUAGUUACUUAAGUACCAAUG